AUUCCAAAAGACAGCUUUGCUGCAGCACUGACCAAAAAUGUUGUGGCUAUGCUGGUAUGGCUGGUGCUGAAUGGGAUCAACAGCAGCAUGGUGGGCACCUUCCUGAAGCACAGCUUCUUUCAUGAGGAGCCACGCUACAUCAUGUUCAUCUCAAUGGUCAUCAACGAUGCUAUCCAGCUGAGCCUGGUUACGGCGCUCUACGUGGUAAGCUACGUCUUCUUCAAGAUCCACGCUUCAGUCUGCUGCCUCCUUGUGAUGGUGGCUGUACUGACCACACGCUGUACACCUCUGAUUUUGGCUGGCAUGGCCGUAGAGCGUUACGGGGCCAUUUGCCACCCCCUACACUACAGCCAGGUUUGCACUGUGACACGCACUCUGAGGCUGAUAGGUACGAUCCUCUUGCUCUCAGCAUCCAUGCCACUGACAGAUCUCUUUGUCACCCUGGCCACGAAGCCCCUUAGCCUUUUCCAUUCCUCCAUUUUCUGCGACCACUCGAUCCUGUUCAGCGGUCAGUCCAUCUACUUGAAGAACCUUGUCUUCGACACAGUUUUCCUCUCCUUUGUUUUCUUCACUCUGUUCUACACCUACUGUAAGAUGGUGCUGGUGGCGAGGGCAGCAUCCGGCGACCUGCUGUCAGUGAAAAGGGCAAGAAACACGGUGCUGCUUCACGUCGUGCAGCUGCUGCUGUGCAUGCUGGCCUUUGUCGUGCCCUCCAUGCAGGCUCCGCUCAUUCAGCUGUUCCCCCAGUACAGCCUGGAGAUACGUUACAUCAACUUUCUGCUGGUCUACAUCAUUCCACGUUUUCUAAGUCCAAUGAUCUAUGGCUUCAGAGACGAGAAGUUUCGGAAAUACUGGAUAAGGUAUUUGUCAGUUACUGCAAAAAAAGUGCAUCCAUCCACCAAUGUUCAUCAUUAG